AUGCCAGUCGAGGCCGUCCUCACCACCGUCGUGCCGGCGGCCGACAUCGACAAAGCCCGCUCCAUCCUCCACGGCAUCACCGAGACCCGCGACGUCGCCCACCGCUUCCACCGUGUCCGCCACGUGCGCCGCCUCGAUCUAUCCAUCCGCGGCAUUCCCAUCAUCAAGUCCCUCCAGUCCCAGAACCCCAAGCCUGAGACCCUACCGCAAUGGCAAGACCUGCACUCGACCCUGUCUCGGCAGCAAUACUUGUUGACCGAGCGUGUCGACAUAACCCAAGAAGUCCUGGCCGCCAUGGCCGCCGGUCAACCGGUGCCCAUGUCCGAGCAGACGCAAAACGGCGAGAGGAUUCUGCGCUUCAAUGACUUCCCCGACCCUCCCAACCCUAGAGUCCCCCAGACGGUCAUGCAGCGCAAACAAUUCGACAUCCGCGAGCCCGGCCCCUUGCUCGAGCAGCACCUGGCCGAUUCCGGCUUUUCCGUGUAUAGCGAGCACAUCGAAGAGACGUACCACUGGUGGCAUAACAACAACCUCGAGUUCGUUCUGUGGCGGCAGUUCAAGGACCUUCCGGACCACCCCCAGCCCUCGCCCCUUGUGCACGCCCCCGAUCAGCCGAACUGGCUGGUGCCCGACCUGAGCAAGCUUGAGCCCAUCUCCCCCUUCUGGAUGUGUUUUGUGCGCGCCGUGGUAGAUGCCACUCCAGUGGACAAGAUGGCCGAGAGAAUGGCGGAGGCGCAUGGAAGGCUGGGCGCGGUGGAGCAGCAGCUGGAGGGCGUCUACAGGUUUAUGGUAUUUGACCGCAGGGCGUUUGAUACGCGAUAUCAGGGAGAUGAUGAGUAG